UCCUCCCAGCCAGAAGCAGCUGAUUGCCAGCUCCAGGCUGCCUGCCUCCAGCCCAGCCCUAAUCGGCCUGAUCUCAGGCUGCCACUGGGGCCAUGGCAGCCGCUGAAAGCAGUGGGGACAUUUUUCCAAGGUAAUGAUUAAGCCGAGUGCCUGGCAAAGGCACAGGCAGCCGGCAGGAAGGUGAGUCCAUUCACACCUCGACCAGGCUGCAGUGGCUGGGACUGGUUUGGGACAGCAGGGCCCCAGGGCACGAGGGCCCCAAGCUGGCAGCCACAGCCUCCCUGGACACGGGACGUCUGAGAGCAUCUCGGGCCAGAGCCGCUGCUGCCCGCCCUGCUGGGCCGCUGCCCUUGCCCCGGCACCAUGAAGCUGCAGGUGUUCUGGACGGGGCUGGAAUACACCUGCCGGCUCCUGGGCAUCACCACCGCUGCAGUGUUGAUCGGCGUGGGCACCGAGACCUUCCUCCAGGGGCACUUCAAGAGCCUGGCCUUCUACCUGCUGUUCACGGGAGCCACUGUCGCCGUGUGCGAAGGCGCCUACUUCGUGGCUCAGCUGCUGGCCAUCUGCUUCCGGUGUCAGCCAGGGUCCCUGGCCGCCAGAGCGAGGGAGAAGGCCCGCUGGCUGGGCUGCUUCCAAAAGUUCCUGGCCUACCUGCUGCUGUCCGUGGCCUGCUUCCUGCACCCCGUCCUGGUCUGGCACGUGACCAUCCCAGGCUCCAUGCUGGUCCUCACUGGCCUGGCCUACUUCCUGCUCAGCAAGCGGAAGAAGAGCAGGGCUGCGCCCGCGGUGCUGGCCGCCCAGGAGCAGUACACGGACCCCUCCAGCAGCGCCAGGAGCACCACCGGCUCCGGGGACACCGAGCAAACCUACACCUUCCACGGAGCCCUCAGGCAGGGGCCCGGCUCCCUCCUCGCCCACGUGAGGUGCAUCCUGAAGGGGCCCAGGACGCCCAGCGCCUCCCAGCGCCCGGAGGCCCCCGCCGAGCUGACCCUGGAGCCAGCUGCCUCACUGCCGAAGAAGCAGGUGCGCUUUGAAGACAGUGCGGCCAGGAUCAUCCCCGCCCUCGCGGCCAGCCUGGACAGCGAGGACAGCGAGCCGGAGCCGGAGGAAGCCAGCUCGGACACCACCCCCAUCAUCCCUCCCCCGCAGGCUCCAUCCUUCCUGUCUUCUCUCUCAGGCAGCAGCCUCUUCUGAGCUGCGGGCUCCAGCCGGGGACACGCUCGGCAAGGGUCUGCGCAGACUGACGGCCCUGCCUGGAGCUCCCUCCCAGCGUGGCCCUCGGGGAGCCCGGUCUUCGUAGGCCGGCUCUUCAAGGGGUGACCAGGCGUCCUCCGCUGAGCCCCCUGGGCCAUCGAGUGACAUGAUGGGGUGCAAACGAAGCCAUGCUGGCAUAGGUCCUUCCUCCUGGACACGGAGUGAGGAAAUCCUUGUGCUUUUCCCAAAGCGACCAUCACUCCUGCUUCCUACAGGCUGCCUCGGCCCCAGGAGAAGCCACCAGGCUCCUGCUGCUCCGGACACAGCGCCCAGCACUCAGCAAGCCCCCGGACUCAUCACCCAGCGCUGAAGGCCAAGGAUGUGCUGGCAACUUAGCCAUGUCCACAGGCAGUUGUCAAAGGCACCGUGAGCCCCAACCCUGAACUGAGAUUGGGGGAUGGGGAGGGAAGGCCAGGCCGCAGGCCCUGGAGGCAGAGAGCAGUGCCCAGCAGCGGCCUGUGUCCUCUGUGCUCUGGGCUGGCACUGGGCGCAGGCGUCACAGAGCCUCUCCGGGAAGCAGCCGGCCAGUGGUGGUGCUCACUCCAAGCCACUGCUGAGGGCUCUGCAUGGCCGCCACACCAACCUUGCCAAGGCCCCAAGUAGACGGUGUGAACAAAAAGAUCCCAGAAGCCAUCGACAGCUUCCGCAGUGAAAGCCGCUGCAGGAGGCCACGCCCGCUGCACACAGGGCCAGAGGCUGUGCCCUGAGACGCGCACAGCACAGAGACCUGGCUCUGUCACACGGAGGUGCCCGGCAGCAGAACAGGGGGUAGAGACAGGUUUAAAGGGGAGGGGAGGGCUGGCAGGAGCAGUACUCCCCCCAAGAGGAGGGACUUCAGGAUUUGAGUCAGUCAGAGGAGAGUGAAUGACAUGGAACAUGGGUAUGGGUAGGGGGGCCAGCUCUCUACAGCCAUGGAAGUGACCGUUAACCCAGAUGGAGCAAAGACAUUAACCAGAUAAUCCUUAGUUAAGGAUUUGCAAUACGGCUUUCAUUUCUAAAAAGUGUCCUUGGGUCCAUGGGAUUGUUGCAAGGAGAGCAGACACACUCUUCUUCAUGGACCAUCUCAAUUAACGAGCAACCCAGAGAGAGGUAACGGCCCCCGAGUUCGUCUGUGUGAGCAGCCACGGCUCCGCAAAGUCUGCGGAGGACCACGUGCUCUGCGGUCCAGAGAAGAGAUGUGCUCUUUCUUGUAUGCUUUGCAAACCACCACACA